AGUGGUGGUUUACAGCGCUGAAUGAAAAGUAAAGUCCAUUGUUAUCCCCACGUAACGUUGCUACAAAUCGCCACAAUCGACCGCAGAAGCUUGUCGCCGAUGACAAUUCAUCCUCGCUUGCUUUAGCUGAAGCGUUGUUAACCAUGUAACCUCCACAAUGUCACGUUGUUGCUUGAUUCCACGCCGCACCCCACUGGGGGCGCUACAAAGACGCCCAUUGGACAUUCGCGCGAUAGUACAAAAACUACGCGAGACUUCACCUCUUGUUUAGAAUUCCCAAAAGAUGGCAGCGGCACCGCCAGAAGAGGAGAGCCUUCAGUCGCGUAUCAACAAGGCCACCAACCCUCUGAAUAAGGACACCGAUUGGCACAAUAUCAAGGGGUUUUGUGACCUACUCGACAACGAACCUGAAGGCCCCCAGCUUGCAACCAGACUCCUGGCCCACAAAAUCCAGUCUCCUCAGGAAUGGGAGGCCAUGCAAGCACUUCUGGUUCUGGAAUCCUGCAUGAAGAAUUGUGGGAAGCGGUUUCACAGUGAAGUUGGAAAGUUCCGCUUUCUCAAUGAGCUCAUAAAGGUGGUCUCACCCAAGUACUUAGGUAUUCGUGCUCCAGAGCCAGUGAAGAUGAAGGUUCAAGAAAUGAUGUUCAGCUGGACAGUAACACUCCCAGAUGAGACCAAGAUAGCUGAUGCCUAUCAGAUUUUGAAGAAACAAAGUAUUGUCAAUCAGGAUACUAUACUUGGCGAUAACAACCCCUUCCCAUCCGCUCCAACUAAAACCAAAAGCACCAUCUUUGAGGAUGAAGAGAAGUCUAAGACAUUGUCUCGCUUAUUGAACAGCACUCACCCUGAAGAUCUAAGCACUGCAAACAAGCUCAUUAAGGAGAUGUUUCAGGAGGACCGGAAGCGCAAUGAGAAGGUUUCAAAGCGGAUAAACACCAUUCGGGAGGUAAAGGAGGGGGUGAGUCUGCUGAGUGAGCUGCUGGAGGGUCACAGCAAGGAGGGAAGCUCACAGAGCAAUCAGGAGCUCAUUAAGGAUAUUUACCAGCGCUGUGAAAAAAUGAGACCUACACUAUUCACAUUAGCCAGUGAUACAGAGGACAGUGAUGAAGCCUUGGCGGAUAUCUUGCAGGCCAAUGACAAUUUGACAGCGGUGAUUAACCUCUACAAGCAGCAGGUGAAGAGUGAGAAGGUGGCAAAUGACUGUGAAAACACACCUUCCCACCCAGCAGGCAAGAGUAGCUCCGCCCUAUUAGACUUGACAGGACUGAGUGCACCAACCAGAAUGGCGCCAUUCAACCCGCAACCCUCCAACCUAGAGACCCUGACUCAGAAUAUUGGCAGCAGCCUGCUGGAUGAUGAGCUCAUGUCGCUGGGACUGAAUAUUGCAGAAUCCUCUGAGUCUCAGAACACUUUUCAGUCUUCUGCCAUUCCAGAAUUCCCUGCUCCAUCCUUCUCAGCUGCAAGGCUGUGCUCGAGUGUCGUCCAAACUUCACAGGCUCGGCCAGUGGCACACAAAGGAAUGAAUGAGCUUGACCUGCUGGGGAAGACAUUGUUACAGCAGUCCCUCCCCCCAAAGAACCAGCAGGUCAAAUGGGGUAAACUCCCGCCUCCGUCCAGAGCCAGCUUACGAGAGCUUCAAACCAAGGCCAACUGUAACUCUGGACCUAGUGCAGCUCCUGCAGCUUCAUCAGUCCAUGAACAACUUGACAUUCUCCUCUUCAAUCCUCCAAGCUUGUUGCCAUCUUCUAGCUCCUGUGACAUCUCCUUAGCUGAUGUUACAGUGCCUCUGGAAUUAAUCCAUCCAAGCAGCUUGCUACCAGUGACUGUAUAUAACAAACACAGCCUGCGGGUCUUGUUAACUUUCGCACGAGACUGUCCCCCGUCACGGCCAGAUGUGCUGGUGGUGAUUAUCUCCAUGUUGUCCUCAGCACCCACUCCUGUCACUGACAUCCACUUUCAGGCAGCUGUACCCAAGAUCAUGAAAGUGAAACUGCAGCCACCUUCUAGUACUGAGCUUCCAGCAUUCAGUCCCAUCCUGCCUCAGCGUGUCAUCACACAGAUUCUGCUGCUGGCUAAUCCUCACAAGGAAAAGGUGUGUCUGCGGUACAAGUUAACCUUCAUUCAGGGAGACAACUCUUACGAUGAAUCGGGUGAUGUGGAUCAGUUCCCCCCUCCAAACGCCUGGGGAAAUCUUAUGUGAGAAGGUCUACCUUCGUUUCUUCUGAUGUGCCACUUCCUUUAAGUUUUGGUUUAAGUAGUACCCAAUUGCCGUUUGAGGCAAAAGGAGCUUUUCUACCUGCUGCCUUCCUGAUAGGGUCGUCCAUGUUCUUGUGCUUUCCAGUGACCUUUCUCCAGCUAGCUGCCACAUUGAAACUAAAUAAUCAAUUCCAUCCAGAGUUGUUUUGAAAAAGUUGAUCUUUUUCUAAAAAAUGUUUACCUUUGGCUUAUAAACACACUGUUGAAAAAUCCUUGAGAUAAUGGGAAUUUCAUUUAAAAGAGAUGGUCUGUUCCUAUUUGUAUUUAUAAAACAAACUGAAGCAUGUGACUUUUGGUAGGGAAGCCUACCUUUUUUGUUGUUAAAGAAAGUGUCAUAUUCUCGUGAGUGUUUUAAGCACAAAUGAAUUUACACAACAACACACUUAGGCACUUAUUUUUGCUUACUGUUAAAUAAAAUUGGUUAUGCCAUUCCUUGUCCAGUACAUUUUUGAUGAAUAAAAGUCAAAUUUACGUGCAUGUGUGUAUCUAAGAUGUGACAAUUAUUUUUAUUUCUUCACUAGUCCACAUUAUGACAGCAAAAACAAAGAAGAUUCUGUCAUGAAUACAUACGCCAGUUUGUCUAAUUCCCUCAUGAGUCAGCAUGCACAAGACCAGCUAAAUAGAAUCCAGCCACCAUAUACAUGGGACACUCCACUUCCCCCUGCACAGUUACAUAAGAGCCGAUCAAUAUAAGAGCUGAAUCAAAGACGAUAAUGCUCCCUUAAUACACU